AUGAGACACCGCCGCCACCUGAGACUCAUCCUCACCAUCCCCACGCACCGCCACUACGCCACAAAAUACACCGCCAAAGUAACCUCCACCUCCCCAACCGGCCGCACCCUCUCCGUCGAGGUCACCCCUCCUCCUCCUCUCCCCACCGACAUCCGCGGCUACACUCUCACCCGCCGCGACCUCGUCUGCAAAGCCACCCAAAUCAUCCUCCACCAAUCCCGCUCCGCCACGUCAGACCCCUUCCUCGACCUCGCUGACUACCUCUCCUCCCUCUCCGUCUCCCUCACCCCCGCCGAGGCCUCCGAGAUUCUCAAGUCCCUCAACGACGCCGACCUCGCCUUGAAAUUCUUCCGAUUCUGCCCCUCCCUCUCCCCGAAAUUCCAGCACGACGCCUUCACCUGCAACCGCAUCCUCCUCAUCCUCUCCAAGUCCGCCGCCCCCGCGCGGUUCGACCUCGCCCGCUCGAUCGUCUCCGAUAUGCACCGCUCCAAUAUACGCGGCAACAUCUCCACCGUCAAUCUCCUCAUCGGCCUCUUCGGCAGCAGCGAUGAUCUCGAAACAACCAUGGAGCUGGUGAAGAAAUGGAGCCUUAAAAUGAACUCUUACACAUACAAAUGUCUGGUUCAGGCCUUCUUGCGCUCUUACGAUACGGCGAAAGCCUUCCAGUGCUACAUGGAAUUGCGGCGGCAUGGCUACAAGUUGGACAUUUAUUGUUACAAUAUGCUGCUUCAUGCGAUGGCGAAAGACGAAAAGGUUGAGCAGGCGUACAAGGUGUUUGAAGAUAUGAAGAAGAAGCAUUGCGAGCCGGAUGAGUUUACAUACACGAUCAUGAUCAGAAUGAGUGGGAAAUUGGGUAAAGGGGAAGAGUCUCUGGUGUUUUUUCAGGAGUUGUUGGACAAAGGUUGUAAUUUGAAUUUGAUUGUUUAUAAUACCAUCAUUCAGGCUCUUGCGAGGAGCAACAUGGUUGAUAAGGCCAUACUUGUGUUCAUGAAAAUGGUGGAAGCCAAUUGUAGGCCGAACGAGUUUACGUACAGUGUGAUUUUGAAUCUUUUGAUUGCACAAGGGCAGCUUAGUAGGUUAGAUGAGUUGGUGGAGGUGUCAAAGAGAUAUGUGACUAAGUCUAUAUAUGCGUAUCUUGUUAAGACGUUGAGCAAAUUGGGUCAUGAUGAUGAAGCCCACCGGCUAUUCUGCAACAUGUGGAAGUUCCAUGACAAGGGGGAUCGAGAUGCUUACAUGUCGAUGUUAGAGAGUUUGUGUGCUGCAGGUAAAACCGCAGAGGCCGUUGAUUUGCUGAGCAACAUUCAUGAGAAAGGGGUAUCCACUGACACUAUGAUGUAUAACACAGUAUUAGCGGCGCUUGGGAAGUCGAAGCAAGUAUCACAUCUUCAUGAAGUGUAUGAAAAGAUGAAAACCGAUGGCCCUGAACCAGAUAUAUUUACCUACAACAUUGUGAUUUCCGGCUUUGGUAGGGCUGGGAAGGUUGAUGAGGCGAUGACAGUAUUCGAACAGCUUGAGAACAGUGAUUGUAAACCCGAUAUUGUGUCUUACAAUUCAUUGAUCAAUUGCCUUGGGAAGAAUGGUGAUGUGGAUGAAGCCCACAUGAGGUUUAAGGAGAUGCAGGAAAAAGGGUUCAGCCCUGAUGUUGUCACCUACAGCACUCUAAUAGAGUGCUUUGGCAAGACGGAUAGGGUUGAAAUGGCAUGCAGAUUGUUUGAUGACAUGCUUGCUCGAGGCUGCUGUCCCAACAUUGUGACAUACAACAUCCUGCUUGAUUGUCUUGAAAGGUGUGGGAGGACUGCCGAGGCAGUGGAUUUGUAUGCAAAACUUAAGCAGCAGGGCUUGACGCCCGAUUGGAUUACAUAUGCAGUGCUUGAACGACUGCAAAGUGGUUCUCAUAAGAAAUUCAGAGUCCGCAGGCAGAGUCCAAUGACAGGUUGGGUUGUUAGCCCUAUAAGGUGAUGAAAGUGUGUUUGAUGUACAGCCAGAAAGGUUAUGGUUUUGUACCCAAUUUUGCAUUCGUUGCUUCUUUUGAGCCCUUUUACAUUUGCAGCCUAAUAACAUGUGGCUGCUGAUUGGGUUCUUACGCAACUUGCCCAUACUGUUGUAACAAUACAUUCAAUUGAUGGUCUCUGGUUUAAUGAAAGACCAAGAGUCAUUGCUACAAAAAAAGCGAGAUAAA